ACCGCCUUAUAUGGACACUGCUGCUCGGCUCCGGCGUUUCAUUCAGAUAAAUUGCCUCUUCUUGUAAACGGAAUUCCCUGCCUGAGUCCGGGGAGGGAAAUGCGAAGGCUGGGAGGGGCGCUGGGCGACCGGAGCCAGGAGGGGGCCUUAAGAAAACGGGCUGGCGGCCCCUCCGGCGCUCUUGCCCAAUAGAGGUCUCUCGCCCGGGUGCGGCUCAGCGUCUCGGAGCGCGACCCUUGCCGAGGCGAGCCCUCGGGGGACAAAGCCAAGAUGAAGGUAACCUCGGUCGACUCCCGCCAGCUGAAGCCGCUGCUGCGGAAGGAGCCCGCCCGCUGCCUGGUGCUGGAUUGCAGACCCUACCUCUCCUACUCGGCCUCCUGCCUGCGGGGCUCGCUCAAUGUAAACCUCAACUCCGUGGUGAUCCGCCGGGCCCGCGGGCGACCGGUGCCUUUGCACUUCGUGGUGCCCGACGAGACGGCCCGAGGGCGGCUGCUUCUGUCGCCGGCUUGCCCGGACGAACGGGAAGGAGACGGGGUGCCGUCCCUGCGGCUGACGGCGGUGAUCGUCCUUGACCAAAACACGCGGCACUGGCGGAAACUCAAGAAAGACAGCACGGCUCAGAUCGUGCUGAACACGCUGCUGGCCAGCCUGCCCGAGCCUGGGGCCAGGGUCUGCUUCCUGAAAGGAGGGUAUGAUACCUUUUAUUCUCUGUACCCUGAAUUCUGUGUAGAUGUAAAGCCUGUGUCCCAAGAGAGAACUGAAACAGAGAAAAGCAUCAAUAGCUACUAUGAGAAGCAGUGCCUCCACCACAAACCAGCAUAUGAUCAGGGUGGUCCAGUGGAGAUCUUACCUUUCCUGUACCUUGGCAGUGCCUACCAUGCUUCUAAGUGUGAGUUCCUAGCCAAUCUCAACAUCACUGCACUCCUGAAUGUUUCCAGAAAGAGCUCAGAGCCCUUUACAGAUCAAUACUGCUAUAAAUGGAUUCCAGUGGAGGAUAACCACACAGCAGACAUCAGUUCUCACUUUCAGGAAGCUAUAGACUUUAUUGACUAUAUCAGACGGGCCGGGGGCAAAAUCUUGGUGCACUGUGAAGCUGGAAUUUCUCGCUCUCCCACGAUCUGCAUGGCUUAUCUCAUGAAAAUGAGAAAGUUCCGUCUGGAGGAGGCUUUUGAUUACAUCAAACAACGUAGGAGUCUGAUCUCACCAAACUUUGGAUUCAUGGGCCAGCUGCUGCAGUAUGAGUCAGAAAUAUUGUCUUCAACGCCCAGCCCUCCUGUUACCUCUUGCAAAAGGGAUGCUGUGUCUUUUUUUACUGAAGAACUCUCCUUGAGUAAAAGCUUUGAAGGCUCUUGUUAUACUUUUCCUACCUCAGUUUUGAAUUCUGUACCAAUUCACUCACCUGUCCAUCAGCUAAAACUUAAUCCUAUUGCUGCAACUUCAUCCUGCUGGACCCUUCUGGGAGCCAGGGACAAUACGGUCCAGUGAACCCAGCAGAGAUGACAAGACAUUUCAUCAACAUGCAAUACAGAAGAUCUCAUGGAUUUCAUUCCAAACAAGAUGUUUUUGAUUUGAAGGGUCAUCUCCUCCAGGAAGGAAAAGUAGGGCCUUAUAUUAAGAUGCAGUCAACGUUUGAACCCACUUGAACUUGGGCUCAUUGUGUAGUUUCAAGACCUUACCUUGUGCUGAGUCUAGCUACUUAUGCUCAAAUUGACCUAGGCUUUGAACUAAAAAACAUUCUUCCUUUUCUCAAAAGUAAGUGACCUUCCUUAUGGAGGAGAAACAUAUUUAUGGACACUGGCUAGGUCAAGCUUUCAAAAAGACUAUGUUUUAAAAAAGGAAAUAUGUGCAUCUUUAAGGAUGUUUUUAAAUAACUUCUGGGAUCUGUGUGCAUCCACUACUGUACUUCCAGACCAUGCUGGAGCAAAGAGAGCUAUACACAAAAUUAGGCCUGUCCAAUUGCUUCUCAGUUCCUGCUGCCUCUUCUUAAUUACAGCUUUGUUUUAAAGUGUAAGCAAUAAACAGCUGUGUCAGGAAAGCACAGCUGUAAUGAAAAGCACAAUUUAUGGAAGAAGCAAACCUUGACAUUUUAGUAGUGGCAAAAACUUGAAUGUUUGCUUUUUCCUGUUUUUAUUCCUACAAGAGGAUCAGAAAAUGUAGGAAGCAAACUUUCCUCUCCUACACCAAUGGGUUCUCCACUGUUUUUUGCUGUACAACUGGGGUCUAUGUCAGAGGUGCGUUCUUCCCUAGAAGCCUAGGGAUGUUGUCAUUUUCUAGGCUAUGUAAUAAAAUUAAGUAGAUUUGAGAAGAGCAACUUCUAGAUACUCCAAGGCUGCUCAAAACCUGAUAGGAAAGCUGCGCUCUGUAUCAUCCUGUUGAAUCGAGCUAGGAAUUCCAAAGGCCCCUUAUUUUAAAGAAUUGUUCUAGAACACAUUGGUGGUUUCUUCAGAUACAUACCUGCUAUAUUAUAUUGCAAAUUCUGGCACUCUGACCUGGUCUAAAUGAUGUACUUGCCAAGUUUCUGAUUGCAGAUGCAAUGCCUGGUGUUACUACUUACUAAGAGUGUUGAUUAUUGGCAACAAUAAUAUGCACUGCAUGGUGUGAAGGAUUUUUUUCCCCAAAAGAUUUUCUAUUGUGAUGUGCUCCUCCUCCGUCCCUGUCUUGGAACUCUGGAGGUUCCAUAUCCUAUGAGCACUUGGUAACAUUCUAAGGAAAGCUGUAGAAGCCAUGAUUUGCACCAGGCCACAGGUUGGCUCAGGAUACAGCAACAUGCUGUACUUGUCUUUUCAGCCUUGUCUCUAAAUGGCCUCAAUACAACUUGGAUGAAGAGUAUGAUCCUGGACCCUGCACACACAGUUCAAGUGAUAGCUGACCAAGGAUAGCCAAACUUUAGGCAUAGGUGAGCCACUGCUUACUUGUUCUUGGCAGCCAAUGUUGGGAAAUGGUCAACGGUCUAAAUGUGUAUAUUCUGCCUCUGACUACUUGAGUCCAGUGACAGAAGCACAGCUCAUAACUCAGGUGCCAUUUAGUCACUGGGUCAUGUGCGAAAGUAGAGGGGACUGCACAGAAUACAUACACAGCCCAUGGUUGCAGCCUGUUCCCGAGUCAGACCUCUGGUCUGUUCUUGGGGCAGAGCUGCUUUGCUUUUCAAAUAACACACUUUAAUUUAGAACAAGUGUAAAACAAAAUAACCAGUUUCUUCCAGCUAUCCAAUAGAAAUUAGUUAUGAUUGUAAAGGAUUAUUUUAGAACACUUUUAUCAAAAUUGUGUCCUGUCUAUUGCAAUUUGAAUUGCUAGCUGUUAAACAAUAAAUGGAUGAGGGGAAAUUCAAUUUGCAAAUUCAAUGGCUCUAGCAAAGCGUUAUCAAUCUGUACACUGUGUAGUCUUGCUAUAUGUUGUGUGUAGCUAGGUCUGUUUCAUAUCACAUUUCCUGAGAUGGAAUACUUUCACUUAUCUGAUGGGCUCCUGUUUGUAGGGGCUCUAUGUGUCCAGCUGGUGUGUCUGCAGGCAGUUCAGAUUGUGUGUUGUCUGUCGUAUUUUUAAUAUGGGAAAUGGCAGUAAUUGCCUGAAACUUGUGAAUGUGAACAAACUUUUUUAAAAUAAAGUUUAAAAGUAAA